AUGGACGAAGAAAGCGUGUGGGAAACCCAGCAAUUUCCGCUGACUUUUUACAAGGAAGGUGAGAGUAAGACAUGUGUGUUUUGGGAUUUGAACGAUUAUCCAAUCCCUAGUGGGAUCAAUCCUGCUUCCAUGUGUGAGAGUAUCAAAGAUGCUAUUUGGAAACAGGGCAUAGAUGGGGAGGUUUCAAUUCAGGCUUAUGUUGAUGUUUCCGAGAGUACAUUGUCGGAACGUGAAUAUUCGGAUGCUGGAUUCCAAGUCGAAGUCUUUCACGAAAGUGAAGGGGGUAAACAUACGAGAAACUGUUCCAUGCUUGCUGACAUGACCAUGUGGGCAUUGGAUAAUCCCACACCAUCCAAUGUGAUUCUACUCGCAAAAGUGACGGACGACACCUUGGCUGGACUGUUAAGAUCUUCCUGUCCCAGGAUUUAUGGUUGUUUAUUUUCCCGAUAUCUGAGGGUCCCUGCUCGAACCGAUUCCUCGUUUUUAACUAGCAUAUUCGAUCCAGUACAAGGAAGACGAAGACGACGGAACAGAAUACCGUAG